ACAGUUUCUCCUGUAGCCCUCUGGUCUUGUCUAGUCUGGUCUGGUCUCGUGGCUCUCUGCUGACUGAGAGGAAGUCGUCCACACGUCGGUUUAUAGAAAGCUAUUUCAGCCAUGUUUGGACUCCUGUAGCCCUGAAAGCAGCAUAAAGACGCCCUUUCACUGGACCGCAGCAGUAUAUCCUGUUGUUUAUCUACCGGGUUCUGGACCUGAGAGCUGCAGUCACGAGUUCACUCAGUUCCUACAAACUAACCUGUGACUCUACUGCUGCUGCAGAGAGAGAAACAGGGAAGUUGCAUGUCUGUACUUUAGUUUUGCUUUUUUACCGAGACCCACAGGAUGCUUUCCUUGGAGCAGCUGCAGCAGAGUUUAGAGACUGCAGGACAGUCUCACGUCCUGCAGUUCUGGCCGGAGCUGUGUGAGGCAGAGAGAGACAGUUUCCUCCAGGAGCUGUCUCAGCUGGAUCUGAAGGGACUGAAGGGUCACUGUGAGGGGGCCAAGAGGGCUGCAGCCUCCCCUUCUGCAGGUCUGGACCAGCACAUAGAACCGGUCCCUCCUCAGUCCAUCGGCAGUGUGAGGAAGAGUGACAAAGAAUCUCUGGAACUGUGGGAGAAUGAAGGGCUGUUGCAAAUCUCAGAGAAUCGAGUCGGGGUCCUGCUCUUGGCCGGCGGUCAGGGGACCCGUCUUGGUGUUCAGUAUCCCAAAGGGAUGUACAAUGUUGGGCUACCGAGCGGCAAAACCUUGUAUCAAAUCCAGGCGGAGCGCAUUCACAAAAUCCAGGAGCUGGCCGACAGAAAGUAUGGCUCAAAAUGCACCGUCGCAUGGUACAUAAUGACCAGUGAGUUCACUCUGGCUCCCACGGAGAAGUUCUUCAAGGAGAACAACUACUUUGGUCUGGAGCGAUCAAACAUUGUUAUGUUUGAGCAAAGGAUGAUCCCAGCAGUGACAUUUGAUGGAAAGGUCAUCCUGCAGGGGAAAGGGAAGAUAGCUAUGGCUCCAGAUGGGAACGGUGGUCUGUACCAGGCGUUGGUGGACAACAAGGUGCUGGAGGACAUGACGAAGAGGGGAGUGGAGUACCUGCAUGUGUACUGUGUGGACAACAUCCUGGUCAAAAUGGCAGACCCUGUGUUUAUUGGGUUCUGUGUGAGCAAAGGGGCUGAUUGCGGAGCCAAGGUGGUGGAGAAGGCAUACCCUGCUGAGCCAGUGGGAGUGGUUUGCAGGGUGCGAGGCGUCACGCAGGUGGUGGAGUACAGCGAGAUCCAACCAGAGACGGCUGAGCUCCGAGGACCUGGAGGGGAGUUGGUGUACAGUGCUGGAAACAUCUGCAUUCACUUCUUCACCAGGGCUUUCCUGCAGGAUGUAGCAAAGACAUUUGAAAGCCAACUGAAACAACACGUCGCACUCAAGAAAGUUCCCUUUGUGGACACAUGUGGCAAUCAAGUCAAGCCCACCAAACCCAAUGGCAUAAAGAUGGAGAAAUUUGUUUUUGAUGUCUUUCCAUUCUCAAGGAACUUUGUUGCGUUUGAGGUUGUGAGGGAGGAUGAGUUUUCCCCACUCAAAAAUGCAGACGGAGCAGCCACAGACAGCCCAUCCACCGCCAGAAACUCUUUGCUGGCUCAACACUGCCGCUGGGUCACAGCCGCAAGAGCCACGCUGCUGGAUGAACGUGGGAAUACCCUUCCUCCUACGGCCAGUGCAUCAGCAGGGGACAAUCCUCCAGCUAAAUGUGAGAUUUCACCGCUGGUCUCCUACUUUGGAGAGGGCCUGGAGCAGCUGCUGAAAGGGAGGACACUGCCAACUCCGCUCAUUCUGGAUGAAAAAAAGGCCAAAGAGCUGCAGGCUCAGUGACAUUUCUCUGAAUGAUAGAGUUACAGGGUGGAGACGGCAACCCUGGAUGGAUAUGUUGUUGAACUAUAUGUGAUGAUAUGUGAAGAUAAUCAUAUCAAACUGUCAUGAGUGUCAUGACCUUUGUUGAGGAAGAGCUACAAAUCAUGUCAUGUCAUAGCUUUAAAACAAGUAAGACAAAUAAGGGACCAGCAAUCAGUUUUUGGAAUCAAAUAUGUUUUCUUUUACAUGUAACCAAAAAUAUAAUCAAAAUACCUCA